AACCUAGUCUUUCGCCAAAUAAUGUACACUCUUUGGUUUCGCUUGUAUUAUCAGAAAACAAGCACCGGUUUACCAGAAUUGAUUAUCAUGGUCAAUACCUCGAUGUUUACAAGAUAAUUUGUACCUUUUUGUAAAACCUUUUUGUAUUGUGUAUGAUUAGAAAAUAAAAGGCUCCCAACGUUUGGAUUACAAACAUGUUGCUUGUCCGUCCAUGAAAAUCAUCCCCUAUUUGACGUCAGACUGAAUCAGUGGAACUGUCAAAGGAACAACGCGCACAAUAUGACCAGUUUUGCGAGUGGAGUGUACUGUCGUGUUGAAAGGGUAUGUCGCCAUCUGCCCAUUGUCCUGAACACCGUACUGGUCUUUUCCAUCACUGCAGAAGUGAGCUAUUUGGUUCUGGUAGGAGCGCCCCUGGAAGCGGAACAGAAAAAGACCCAGUGGUCUACCGUGUGGAAGUCACUACACCUGCUUGCACAAUACUUUAUGCUUGGAAACAUUACUUGGAAUGCCUCACUCUUCCUCAAGACUAGUCCUAGCAUUCGGGGAGUGUUCCUUGGUGGAGAGGCAGUGGGACAAGGCUGGAGGUACUGCUACACGUGUGAGACGCACACUCCCCCGCGCUGCUCCCACUGCUAUGAUUGCAAAGUGUGUGUUCUGCGGCGAGACCACCACUGUGUGUUCUUCGGCCAGUGCGUUGGCUUCCGGAACUACCGCUACUUCCUGAGCUGCCUGCUGUUCAUGUGGGCGGGGCUUCUUUAUGCGGUGGUGAUGAACGCUGAGGUGUUCAUCGUCAUCCUGAAGGAGGGGGUCAGCCUGCACAGUGUCCUGCUGCUGGUCAUGCCCUGGAUCAUGCUGGUCUCCGGCCAAGUGUCGGCACGGGCGUUUGCCUUUGCCUUCAUCGCUGACACCUGUGUGGUGGGCUUUCUGCUGGUGGCCUCCUUCCUCUUCUUCCACAUUUUCCUGCUCCUGCGAGGGCAGACGACCCGUGAGUGGUACUCCAAACGCAGGCCUUAUAACCUGGGCGUGGUGGGCAACCUGCGCCACUAUCUUGGCCUCCGCUGGUACCUCUGUUGGCUCUGCCCCCUCAUCCCCUCCCCCCUGCCCGGGGACGGUAUCUACUUCCAGGUCACUGGGUCGCUGGAACCUGCCCGGUAAACCCCUGCUCUCCCUGCCCUGUAUGCUGAGAAGGCAGCUCUAAAUCAUAGGCAGCAGUGUUCAUGGUAAAUCUGGUAUUUUGACCAAGUGUCGGAAGCAGCUCUAAUAAUAUGAUAUAAUAUACUGUUUACUUUCCUAAGCUUGUAUAAUCAGCCUCAUACUGAUUAUACAAGCCAGGGAAGGUAAACUGUGGAAUCUGCAGUGUUUACAGAGCCUUGGAGCUUUAAAGUAGAAUUGGAAUUUGACACUGAAAACAAUAAGGUUUUGAUUGAUGAUCAAUUGAUUCAAUCUUUUUCAAGGUCUCCUGUGAAAAUAAGUUCUGACUCAACCACGCCAUCUAUAGAUCAUCCGGUGACCAUACAGGAGUUGUUGUCAGUCCUGCUGUUUUUAAUAAUCUGUUCUUAUAUACAGUAUGUGUGGGUGUUUGAUGAUGACACUUUCAUUAUGCUCUGGUCUCAUUUACAGUGCCAAUUUUGAUUACGGUUGUUUUUAAUGUGUUUUUCCCCCAACGUUUGUCUUUGCCUUUUUGUAUGUACUCCUUGAUUGCAGCCAAAACAGAUGUGUCAUUUUCCCUGUUGGUCAUUUCAACGUGGAAAAUUAUGUUGAUUAUCAGUAGUAUUUUGCUGACAUUUUCUGAAAAUACUGUAUUAUUUUGUUUGUUUUAAAAGGGUAAUAAAGGAUUAUAUUAGCCAUCGGAA